ACAAGAUGAGAAGGAGGGGGCCGACGAGCCUCAGCUCUGAAUGAGCUGUUCUUGGGCGCGCGUAACUGCUCUUUUGGCCACCCACUGUACAUCUGCAAGGCGCUUACGGCUCGCAGCAUCCCGUCCUGUCGCUCGAAACUCAAAUGGGCGGAUCACCAUCACGCAUUCACGGUAUGACGGUUUAUCAACGAUGUCGCAGCUCUCUGAUGCGGGAUUUCAAACGCACAGCGGUCGUCGUCUGUCCUCUAAACUACGUAGAAUAGCCGUGCGUGCGUUGGCGGGGGUUGGAUGGGCAUGAAACCUUGGAUGUGCUGUCAAAAGAACGCGUUUCACCAUUGGCAGAGUGGCGGCCGGUGACUACUGUCACUUGCGCAUGAUCGGAGUAUGGGGGGUCAUUAGAAGUG